AACUCGAGAAGUGAGGAAGUGCUCGAGAAGGUGUGUUUAUAUUUGUGAUAUUUUGGAUAAAAGAAGCAAAAUGACGAGCCAUCAGAAGGAAGAAACGAAGAAGGAGUUACCUGAAGUACUUUUAGACCCAAGUACGGGCAAUAAGUAUCAAAGAGGAAAGUUUUUAGGAAAGGGUGGCUUUGCAAGAUGUUACGAACUGACAGAUUUAAAAACAAGAGAUAUUUAUGCUGGAAAGAUAGUUGCCAAGUCCCUUUUGGUCAAACCUCAUCAGAAAGAGAAGAUGUCUCAGGAGAUAUCAAUUCAUCGUAGUUUAAGAGACAAGCAUGUUGUUGCCUUCCAUGGGUUUUUUGAAGAUGCUGACAAUGUGUACAUAAUUCUUGAACUAUGCCGGAGAAGGUCACUAAUGGAACUUCAUAAGCGUCGUAAAGCAAUCACAGAGCCUGAAACCCGUUACUUCCUGAAGCAUCUUCUGACUGGUGUCAAGCAUUUACAUGACAGAAAAGUCAUUCACAGAGAUCUUAAACUUGGUAAUCUAUUUCUCAAUGAUGAAAUGGAACUGAAAAUUGGAGACUUUGGCUUGGCUACUCGGGUGGAUUAUGAAGGGGAAAGAAAGAGAACCUUGUGUGGCACCCCGAACUAUAUUGCUCCUGAGAUUCUCUGCAAGAAGGGUCACAGCUAUGAAGUUGAUGUCUGGUCUUUAGGCUGCAUUUUAUAUACUUUACUGGUUGGAAAGCCUCCUUUUGAAACACAAACUUUAAAAGAUACAUAUAUGAGGAUAAGAAAAAAUGAGUACCACAUUCCAUCUCGGAUUGGUCCUCUUGCUCGCUCACUUAUCCAGAAAUUGCUUCAGGCAGACCCAACACGCAGACCAAAUGUUGAUACAAUUCUUGCUGAUGAUUUCAUGACAAUGGGUUAUAUACCAACUCGUCUUCCAACUUCUUGUCUCACCAUGGCUCCAAGAUUUGACUCUCGGUGCUCUGGUGUUGCAACAAGGAAGCCUUUACUGGAGAUUAACAACAAAGGCUCAUCUCCAACUCCUCUCCUCCAGGCUCAUCUCUGCUCAUCUCCUCCUCCUCCAGGCUCAUCUCCAACUCCUCUCCUCCAGGCUCAUCUCAUCUCCAACUCCUCCUCUCCUCCAGGCUCAUCUCUAAGGCUCAUCUCUGCUCCUCUCCUCCAGGCUCAUCUCAACUCCUCUCCUCCAGGCUCAUCUCUAACUCCUCUCCUCCAGGCUCAUCUCUAA